UGGGGAAGGAUUGCCCGGUCGCGACCGCUGGCUUCUGCCGUCUCCGCCUUUCUCUCCGGUCACCUUUUGAUUUCCUCGCGCAACCGCCGAUGGCCUGAAACCCGCCGGAUACGAUCGUCUUUUCGGCUGUGGUCUUCUUUGGGAUUGAGAUUUUGGAUUUGCUUACUGGAUCUUCGUCUUUUUUAUUUGGAUUUCUUGUCCGCGACGCUUCUUUUGCGGGUUCGAGGAGUUGAGCGCGGAAAGGGCUUCAUUUUCCAACAAUUCCACAAGGGAUUUCUUUAUUGGAUUGUUCGGUACAUCGUGGAUUCAUAGAGGGAUGCCAAAUGAGAAUCUGAUUCUUUUUGUUACCUUUUCGUUUACCAAUCAUUUGACCGUGUUAAGGCAAGAACGAGUUUGAUCUGUUCAGGAAAAGCGGCUGCCUUGGCUAGUGGGUUCGAUGUUUUUUAAUUGUUUCGGCAGAUUUGCACAGGGAUAUUAUUUUCUCGUUCACUUUUCGUAUCGAGAUCGCUCUGAGAGCAAGUUUAGUGACCUGAUUCAAACAAAUCAGGGUUCCUUUUCCUAGCACAGAAUGGCUGUGGCUUUUACACGUUUCUCUUUCUGGAUUUGGGGUGGGAAAGAUCAGGAAUCCCCCAAUUCACCACUGAACUCUUCUGAUUUGCUUUCGGGAUUCAAGGAACUUGAUUGCUUGAGGUUUCCACCAGUCAAUGGACCUGCAAGGUCAAACUCGAGAAGGAUCAAGAAAAAGUGGCAAAGCCGUGAAGAACGGCGGAUUGAUAAGGAGUAUGAUAUUGUUCUUGUGCCAUCAGAUGGUGGAUGCAUAUCAGGGUCAGAGUCUGAUGAUUCUGAUUGGUCAAUUGGGUGGUUGGAGCCGCAUGGCCCUGAGUUUGAGAAUGAUACCCAAACUGAAAACAGCUUUGCGGUCUUGGUACAAUGCUACGGGCGCGGUCAGUCUGAGCAGGCAAAGAACUCCAGAUCCCAUUUCCUGGGAGCAAGCCAUCAUAUUGAGGAUGAUAUAUCUGAUGGCAACAAGCAUAUGGAAGAAUGGCUUUCUUCUCUUUGAUGGCACCUGACUUUGUAAAUAUUGCCUAGGCUUGUGAGGUCUGAAUAAGGAUCAUAAACUCAGAAAAAAUGGGGGAAAAAACAAAAACAAUAAAAUUUCAGUGUGAAAGAAGUAGAAUCCUGAAGCAAUGGGUUCCCUUGGCGCAUAAAUUUCCUACUGAAGCACAUUUACUUGAUGAUGAUGUUUUGGAAGGAAAUUGUUUCUCACCCCAUGUAGGCGAUCAGAAGUUAAUUCCACCAAACAGCUUCAACCUUUUGAAGGUAGAAAUCAUUUUGUAUUGUGAUAGUUGAAGCUAGGAAUUGUUCGACCACACAAAGCUUUGCAACCUUGUGAAGGUUGAGAUUAUUUUGCAAGGGGGUUGGUGAAGCUAGGAAUUGUUUCAUUCUUUUAUCCCCUUAUUUCAUGCAUCCAAUUGGGGAUUUUGACCAUUGUGAAAUGUACAUAAGCUUGUAAAUAUAACUUAAGCACCUAUGUGAAUAUGGUACCAUCCUUUGCAAAUUUUGUUGUAAAUAGUAUAUGCUGUAAGAAGGCCACGCUCCUACUCUCUAUAAGAUUGGAUUUCUUAUU